AUGAAUCAGCCAUCCCAGAAGCGCAGAGGCGAUGCGCCGAACAAGGCUGAGCCACCGCCUUCUAAAAGGACCAUGGUCCGCAAGCGGGCAACAUUGGCGUGUGAAGAGUGUAGAACGAGAAAGAGACGUUGUGAUUCUGCUUUCCCUGCCUGUGGUGGCUGCAAGAAACGCAAGUCAGAUUGUGUCUACUCUGCAGAGAUUGAAGCAAAGCAAUGGAACUUUAGUAUGAUCCGAUCGCUGCGUGCCCAUCUUGAAGAACUCGAAAAAGAAGCAGAGAUACUGCCAAACGGACAGGAAAAGGAUGUGUCACAUAUAAGGAAUGUCCCUCGACCACAGCAACCCUCACAACAGCCCCUGAGGCUUACUCAACUUGAUGAUAAUUGCUCAGAUGCCACUCCCACCGUAAUCCAUUCUCAAGCUCAAUUGUCUGACCCAAGUGGACACGGAGCUUCUUCGCGAUGUAUAGAACCAUAUGGCUUCGAACAGCUCAUACCUCCGAUCGACCUUCCUAUCGACCAGAGAGCCGACACGUGCGUGAGAUCAGCUCUGCUGUUUGACUCGAUCGGUUCACCUCAAGUCGGCACACCUCCUGACGAUAACAACAACGAUGAUAACGCUGACUGCAAAUGCGAUCGUGCGCUCGAUGCGAUGCAAUGCCGCUUGCCGCUGCGAAGACACGCUGAUAGCCUCGUGGCCAUCUUCUUCUCCAGACACCAGCGUAUGCUUCCUGUGUUACAUGAACCGACAUUUAUGAAGCAGUAUCAUGCGUUGUGGGAGUCAACGUAUACCACUUCCCUGAAGAACACACGAAAGCUACCCUCGUGUCUAGGAUUGUGCAAGCAGAAGAGUAAGGGCACGCUAUUUCCUUCGACGUUAAACGUCGUGCUUUCUCUAGCUUCCCUUUUCGCAUCUCGAGAUUCGCAACACAACGCUGAGCAAGCCCAAGAAUAUUUUCGCUUGGCUGAGAGCAUAGAUAUAUUUCGAAUUCUAGAUGAAGAGGUGGGAAUUGAGCUAGUUCAACUGGCAUUACUGAUGGGCUUCUACUUACAAAGCACCGAAAGAUUCUCGAAGUGCUGGAAUAUUGGGGGUUUGGCCAUUCGAAUGGCUCAAAAUAUGGGUUUGCAUUUCAGCAUCCCCGAGGCUCGCAGGAGGGGACUUCUCCCAUCCUUCUCAACUCAGUUGGACUGUGAGAUGCGUGUACGAGUGUGGUAUGGCUGUGUUAUACUGGAAACGGACAUCUCUAUCUCUUUUGGUCAGCCAUUACUGGUUUCGACUAGUAGGAAGCUCUUCAAAUUGCCCGAGCCCAUUGACGAUCAACUUCUUAGCGACAAGGUGGGCAAACCGAAUGCCCAACCGAAAGACCUCCAUAGUUUCAUGGAGUAUUACACGGAAACGAUAAAGCUCUACAGAAUUCUAGGCAGGGUCUUAGAGGAACAGGAGCAAGAACUAAUUUCCGAUUCAUCUUCGACUACACAAUCCAUCUUGGGACUUGAUGCAAAGAUAAUGGAGUGGCAAAGUAAUUUGCCCCCAUACUUAAAGCAGGAGCCUUUGCCAGCAGCCAUGGACUUCUGUGGCGACCAUAUCUCAGAAUUCCUUCUUCCAGAGUCCCUCGGCAUGCUUGAUUUCCCAGCCUUAGCAAGGAGGUUACACUGCAGAUUCCUUCACACUCGAAUACUCAUCUUGAAACCUGCACUGGAGUUGUUAUUCCAGAAACAGCAGCGCCAGAAACCAGAUGUUGUUUUCGGACUUUCCAAGAAGGGAAUCAUCCAGGAUUCUCUGGUGCGCAGUACUGCAGCACAAUGCGUGCUUCUCGCCAUCGACCUGUUGUAA